UUUGUAUGCAGAACAGCAGCGGGAGGGACGGCCACGCUGUCACUCUCGCUCUCUCUCUCUUUCUCCCUCUCUGUCGCUCGCUCUGUCCAGAGAGCGUACGGGAUUAAGACUUGCCGAGGGAGAUGGCAAAGGGAAGUCCAGUCAAAUCCCAGAUCCUCCACUGUGUCCCAUGCGCUGGGUUAGCCAUGCGCACGUGAGCCAGCGCCCCGUUCCCAUGCCCGCCGCUAUGCUCCCACGCCCCGUGCCGGUGGGGUCCGACUGGAGCUUCCAGAACCCGGUGGGAGUGGACUGCAGUUCCCCCGAGCCUCGCUGCAUCUGGGUGGCGGUGCUUCGCGGCGGCGCCGGGCCGCCGCCGAUCGUGCCCGUCGGAUGUCACCACGUUUCCCGUCAGUUGAGGGCGAAAGGGCGGAGGGAUGCUCUCUCGUCGCCCGCCGCCGCCAACAACCCCCGGCCGCCCGUGGCGACCCGGCCGGGCGUGGCGUGGAAGGGCCCCCGCACGCUGGUCCUCCGCAAGAACUCGCAGGGCUUUGGCUUCACCCUGCGCCACUUCAUCGUUUACCCGCCGGAGUCCACCCUGCACACCGACCUCAAGGAUGAGGAGAAUGGCAACGGCAACGGCAACGGCGCAGGUUACCAGAAAGGACGACUGGAGCCGAUGGACACCAUUUUUGUGAAGAAUGUGCGGGAGAAAGGUCCCGCCCAUCAAGCGGGCCUGUGUACCGGUGAUCGUCUGGUGAAGGUGAACGGCGAAAGCGUGCUGGGAAAGACGUACUCCCAGGUGAUCGCCCUCAUCCAGAACAGUGAAAGUGUGCUGGAGCUGUCUAUUAUGCCAAAGGAUGAAGACGUGCUUCAGUUGGCGUACUCGCAAGAUGCCUACCUGACUGGCAACGAGCCUUUCUCGGGGGGAGCUGAGAACCUGCCGCCGCCGCCGCCGCCCCUCUGCUACCCUCGCGCCAUGUCGCCCGCAGGCGCUCCCCCGCCUGCCCCCGUGGGCCACAAUCAGCUGGAUAAUUGGAGUCGCUGGCCCGGUUCCCCCGGUCCCUCCUCGCCCUUGGACAACCGCACGGCAGCCGCUUGGCAAGACGGCCGCUCGGUGGAGCCCGGCGGCGCGGCGGCGGCUCGCAGUAGUCCGGCCCGCCGCCGCGCCGACGACGACGUCCAGUACGGCAUGAGCGGGCAGCAGCCUCAGGGGCAAAGCAGGGGGCGCUCUCACUCGUCUUCAUCCUCCUCGGGGGGACCUUUAUCCAGCCCCUUGCAGGUCCACUACCCCGAUCGCCAGCACGGCGCGCGCGAUUCCCAUCCGGGUCACGACCAAAGCCAGCGUUGCCAGCGAGCGCUGUCAGAGUGGUACCGCAACCAAGUGCCGGAAGGCUCCGGACGCAGCGUGCGGGCGCGCCAACGGAGCUACUCCCAGGACCGGCUGAGUGAGUCCGGGAGGCCUCCGCGGCGGGCGGGCGGAGGCUGGCCGCACAGCGCCUCCCAGGACACUCUGCUGUUAGCGCAGCCGUCGGGACGCUGUGAGGAGUGGGCCCCCGACUACACGAGGACUCGCUCAGAAAACCUCCUGGUGCAGUUCCAUAGCCACGGACGUUCGCUGGAGAUGUUGGACCGAGCCUCGGCCGGCGCGCAGGUCUCGUCUCGGUGGAACCGAGCGCCCAAGCCGCCCCCCAGGACCGAUGUCCACCAGAGGCACAGCGGUCCGUACCCGGCGCCGCAAGCCCCCCCCGUGGCCCGACACUCGCACUCCAAGCAGAGCCAUUGCCCGGGCCAAGGCCAGCAGGCGCCGGCGGUCCCCAAGAGCAGCAGGCGGCUUCCUCCGGUCCAAAGCGCCGACGAGCAGCCGCUGGGCUACCGCAGCUACAGCCCUUCCUUCUAUCGUAAGACGGGCCGCAUCAUGCAGCAGGCCCACUCUUUCAGGGACCCCUCGUACUCUGGCCCCCACUUGAACUGGAACAGCAGCCCGCCCGAGGGCGCGGCGCCGGCCGGGCCCGAGGGCGCCGCCCCUUUGGCUUCCGCCUCGCCCCAAUCCCAGGAGAGAGCCUACAGACCCACCAACCACGAGCGGGGGUCGGCUGAGGUGGCGGGGCAGAGCCAGGAGGUGGUGAUGCGGCAGAAGCCCCCCAGCGGACGGAGGAACGCCAUGCGGCACCCCCACUACGCGCUGGCCAUGGACGGCCUGGAGCCCUCCUUGUUCUCGCCGGAAGCCCCGGCGGACUCGGCGGCCACCUCCAGCUCUUCGGGAGACACGGCCGUGGUGCCGUUCAAGGCCAACGGCAAGCUGAUCUCCCCGGAGGACGAUUCGCUGGCGUCCAUCCCCUUCAUCGACGAGCCCACCAGCCCGAGCGCCGACUUGCGCGCCCGCCACGUUCCGGCGUCCUCGGUGGUCUCCAGCGGUGGCACGAGUUGGGCCUCGGCCGCCGGUCCCGCUUCCCCCACCUUCACCUUCCCCGCCGCUCGGCUCAGCGCUAUUAAAUCGGGUCGCCGUUCCUCCUAUCUUCUAGCCAUCACCGCAGAGCGCUCCAAAUCCUGCGACGAAGGACUCAACGUUUUCCGGGACGACGGCCGUGUCUUCUCGAGGCUACCAAAGAGAGUCAAGAGCUUCUUCACUGAUGGGUCUUUGGACAACCUGGGCACAGCAGAGGAGGUGCGCUCCAAGCGGCACUCCACCUCCGAGUUGGGGAACAUCACGUACAGCGACAUGCGGCGGCGGCGGGAAGGCUGGCUGCACUUUAAGCAGAUCCUCACGGAAAAGGGCAAGAAGGUGGGCAGCGGCAUGCGCCCGUGGAAGCGCGUGUUCUGCGUGCUGCGCUCGCAGUUGCUCUUCCUGUACAAGGACAAGCGCGAGGCGGUGCUGCGCGGCGCCACGCUGGGCGCCGGCGCCGAGGACGAGCAGCCCAUCAACAUCCGCGGCUGCCUGGUGGACAUCGCUUACAGCGAGACCAAGCGCAAGCACGCCCUCAGGCUCACCACGCAGGACUUCUGCGAGUACCUGCUGCAGGCCGAGGACCGGGACCACAUGCUGGACUGGAUCCAGGUCAUCAGGGACAACGGCAAGACGGAGAGCGAGGAGCUGGGCCUUUCCAGGCAGGCGCUGAUCAAUAAGAAACUCAAUGACUACAGGAAGCAGAGCCCGACUGGCAGUAAGCCCGACUCUUCGCCCAGGAUGUCUCGCAUGAUGCCUCCCUUCCUGCUGGCCAAGACCGACAACGCUUUGGGGGCACCGCGCUCGCCCAGACCAGACGGCAAAGAUGAAAGCAGCCCUCCCAAAUCUCCUUGGGGAAUCAACAUCAUGAAGAAGAGCAAGAAAGCUGGACCCAAAGCCUUUGGCGUGAGGCUGGAGGACUGCCAGCCGGGGGUCAACAACAAGUUCAUCCCGCUGAUUGUGGAGAUCUGCUGCGGCCUGGUGGAGGACAUGGGUCUGGAGUACACGGGCAUCUACCGCGUGCCCGGUAACAACGCCAUGGUGUCGCUGCUCCAGGAGCAACUCAACAAGGGCGUCGACAUCAACCCCACAGAGGAGAAGUGGCAGGAUCUCAACGUGGUCAGCAGUUUACUGAAAUCUUUCUUCCGGAAGCUUCCGGAGCCGCUCUUCACCAACGACAAGUACAACGAUUUCAUCGACGCCAACAGAACGGAAGAGGCGUCGGAUAGGCUGAAGACCAUGAAGAAGCUGAUCCGAGACCUUCCGGACUAUUACUACCACACGCUCAAGUUCUUGGUGUGUCACUUGAAGACGGUGGCAGACCAUUCGGAUAAAAACAGGAUGGAGCCUCGGAACCUGGCUUUGGUGUUUGGGCCCACGCUGGUGCGCACGUCCGACGACAACAUGAAGGACAUGGUCACGCACAUGCCAGAUCGUUACAAGAUUGUGGAAACGCUCAUACAGCAUUAUCUCUGGUUUUUCAGCGAGGAGACGGACAAGGAGGAAAAGACGCCAGUGGACACUGAAGACGUGCAGCCCGCCCCUAACAUCGACCACCUGCUUUCCAAUAUUGGGCGGACGGCUUUGUUGGGCGACGCUUCAGACUCCACCAACAGUGACUCUGCCAAAUCCAAGGGGUCCUGGGGUUCCAAGAAAGACCUCACCGCCAAGGACUUCCUGACUCUGUCCAUCAUGUCGGCGGUGACGGGCCGCAAGCGCCGCAAGCGUCACAACGCCCGGCGGGUGGGCAGCAGCACCGACGACGACUCGGAGCACGAGCCCGUCAAGACGGAGGAAGAGGAGGAGGAGGAAGGGGAGAUGGAAGAGGCGGCAGGCGGCAGCGCUCCUCGUGCCGAGGGAGAGCAGGAGGAGAAAGAGGAAGUGAAAGAAGACCAAGAAGAGGAGGCGGUGGCGGAAAAAAGUGGCGAGGAGGCGGGAGGGAGGGCGGACGCCCGCUCCAUCGUGUCAGGCUACUCCACGUUGUCCACAUUGGGCCGCAGCCUGGGCGCGGACGACGCCGACGAUGAGCACAGCGAGCUGGUGAGCGAGACGGACAACGAGAGUGGCUUUGCCUCACGGGAGCGUCCCGCCAAGCCGCCGCCGCCGCCCCGCAAACCCUCAGCGGGCGUGACGCAGAGUGGCGGAGGUGGCGGAGGUGGCGGAGGUGGCGGAGGUGGCGGAGGCGGCGAUGGCGGCGGCGGCGAUGGCGGCGGCGAUGGCGGUGGCGGGGCUCGCUCCACCACACCGUCGUCCACGUCUUCGUCACACAGGCUGCACUCGCGGCCGUCCUUCAACUCGCAUAAGCUCAUCCAGUGCGACACCCUGGCACGCAAGAAGAUGAAGGCUCGCUCGCUCGACCUGCUGGAGAUCCCGGCCGCCACUCCCGAGGGAGACGCUACACCCAGGACGAGGAGCCACACGUCGUCGGGGCCCAGCCAGGAGAAUGUCCGCCCGUCCCGGGUCAGGCCGGCCGCCCCGCUGCCGCCGCCCCCCAGCGAGGCGACGUCCUUCACCCCCACCGCCUUGGUGCGCCAGGCACGCCUGAUGGGCUCGGCCGACGACCUGCGCAGCGCGGGCAUGCGCAAGCCGCUGUCGCCCGAGAGCCGCCGCAAGAGGCGCGCCUGGCGCCGACACACGGUGGUGGCGUCGCCCACCGAGGCGCCGAGCGACAAGCGGCCGCUGGCCGUCACGGAGUUCCCGCUCUCGCCCGUCGGCCCCAAAGGAGACGGCGGCGGCGCCCGGCCGGAGUCUUCUGGUUGCCAGACGUCCAGGUUCCACCAGUACCUGUGAGAAAAGACGCCUCCCGUGCCUGAAGAAUCAGAGACCCCAGUGACGACUGCAUCAAGUAAGACUCUUCCGUGUCCACAUGCCACCACUAACUGCUGAUGCGGUGCCACAUGCUCGUCGUCCACGACAAGCCGACAGGAUCCGAGUCGUGCCACCGUCACUCGGGACGAGAGGAGACGCGUUGUCAGAAAGCAGCCAGGUGACUCUCAGCCUAGCCUAUCGCAGGCCGGGUCGCUCGCUCGCCCCCUCCCUCCCCCCAGCUGCGGGUCAGCGCGCGCACUGGCUCGUUUCAUUGGUGUUGUUUUUUAACGUCAACCCAUUGCCAAAGCUUUCUGGUUUUGUUACUUCUUUUUGUAAAUGUGUGCUUUUCUGAGGUGGAGACACUCUGACCUACCUGAUCAGCGCCACUAUGACUGAGCAAAGGUUUUGGGCCGCCACCAGACUUGUUUAAAUAGCAGAUGUCCGUUGGGAGGGGAUGAAGGUAAAUGACCACCAGAGGCGCUAUAAACCGAAAGAAGUGUCCAUGCAAAAAAUGAACGUCGUGUUUAAUUGUUUAGUCAGUCGAGAUUGAAUAUUUAGAAAACAUUUUAUUGUAUCCGUCACAAAAUGACAAAAAUAACACGGCACCAGCAUGCAUAGAUGCCCCCCCUCCCAAAAAAAAACCAAGGUUCGCUAUAUACCUUUGCUUUUAAAGUCACUGUUCACUUGGACUUUAGUAAGGCAACAAAAAUAUGAUUUUCUUUUCUUUAAACAGGAACACAUCUAAUUGAUGAAAAGAUAACAAAAGUAAAUGACUAAUGAUGCAAUCCAUUAGCCCCUCAACGGGAACAUUGUUUUAAAUACACAAUGAGUAAGUGGCUUGUUUUCUGUUUAUUGUGACAGCCAACCUGAAGCGGCUGUGGCAUUAAACAGCUCGACGUUUUUUAUUAUUAUUAUAAAUGUGUUCAGUCUGGCAAAGCGACGCCGCUGACUGCGAGUUGACACGAGCUCUCUGCCACUGUACACCGAGCGCUCGUAGCUCGAGGCACCACUGGAUAUCUUGGAUUAUAAGUCGCUGUAAUGAUCUUCACAGUUUGAACGUGAACACUGCUGAAAAUAUGCAGAUACUAGUCAAUGCGCUCAGCUUUGAUGGUGGCCGGCCCAAGACUUUUGCUCCGAGUCCCCGUUGGUGCUUUUUCUUUCAUUGUUGUUGGGAGAGAGAAAAAAAUGUUUUGUUUUCCUUUCCUUCUGCUAUUAUAUUGUAAUAUUUGUAAAAAGCCUUAUUAAGUUGUACAUAUGAAAGUUUGGUUCUUAACCUUAAUAAUAAUAAUACUCCUUUUUUAACGGUUUACAAACAUUUCCUUCUCCGGACGCUACUUGAAACGUUCCCUUAAUAUAUUUAAAUAUACAGUAUUUUAUAUAGAUUUUGUAUUGUGACGUCACUGCUUACAAAGGCCUUUUUGUGUCAGGAUAGUCACAACUUUGCGUUCAAACAAGUGCCUCCUUUCUGGAAUGUUCUGUUGUGCCAUGCUGGCUUCUUAUCUCCUCCUUCUUCCCCAGCUCACCUCCAAAGAUGUGUACAAUGAUUUCAUAAGGGGGGGCGGGGAGAGAAAAGAAAAAGCACACUAUGCACUCUCCUGUGUGGUGUAAACUAAAAAGGUGUCGCUCAUGUUGUACAUAGUUCAUAUGUAACAUAUUGUCCCUCGUGUGUACAUUUUUGGAAUGGCUUAGGAGUAUAACUCUGCUUAGCUUAUUAUAUAUGAUGUAAAUAAAACACAAGUACGUUUAAAAA